AUGAAUCAAAUUCCCGUUGGCUCUAGUUCACCAACUAUCUCUAUAGAAACUGGUGUUACUAAUUCAAGAAAGCAAACUACUGAUGAUAAUUCAAACGAGGUAGAAACCCAAAAAGUUAAAGAAACGGGUGUUAGAGCCUUGUUUAGCACAUUACGUGAUUCUUUGGAUGAGCAUUAUAAUACACGAGAAAUUGUAAUUAGACACUCAAAGGAUAUCACAUUUCAAAGCAAAAAAUUGAUAUACAUCGGUCACAGGAUAAUUAAUAGUUCACUCGAUGCUAUACUAAAAGAAGCAGCAGAAAAGCAUAAAGAGAUCUUUCAAUUAUUCAAAGACAUUUGUGUUCAUUUAAGUGGUGUGAACUAUUUUCGAUAUCUUCGUAACAUGUCCAAUGGAUUCCAGGAAUAUACGGAAGCGAUGGCGUUUCUCCGAUACUUGGAACACGGUGAUUUAAUAAAAAAGGAUGAGAUUGAAGCAAAUCUUUUGGAUGAGUCUGGUAAUAAGUUUCUACAAAUAACCGACUUGGACUAUGUUCUUGGAAUUGCUGAUCUAACCGGUGAAUUGAUGCGAUACGCGAUAAAUUCAGUCGGUAAAGGUGAUCAUACACGACCACUAGAAAUUUGCCAGUUUCUAAGGAAUUUGAAGGCUCAAUUUUCUUUGCUAAAUGCAAAGCCGAAUUCUCCUAUCGGUAAAAAAAUGGAAGACAUGAAAUCGAACCUGCAAAAAGUUGAGCUGGUUUGUUACGCAUUGACUAUUCAUGGGUCGGAGUAUCCUAAAGAGUUUUAUGAGUUUAUUGUGAGUGAGCAUUCGCGAAGUAGCGAAAGUAUAUACGGACAUUGA